AUGAAUUCCACUGUGCCUGAUCCGCCCAUCGUGGUCAAAAUCGGUGGCAGCACACUGGGAGGCAACGAUACCUCCCUUCAGGAUCUGGUGUCGCUGCACGCUGCGGGCCGGGCGAUCGUGAUUGUGCACGGGGGCGGCAAUGUCAUCAGCGAGUGGAUGCGGCGGCAGAAUCUGGCCCCCAAUUUCGUCAACGGCCUGCGGGUAACCGAUGGACCUUCAUUGGAGAUCGUGGUGGCCGUGCUGGGCGGUUUGGUGAACAAGGAGUUGACGGCCCUGAUGCAAAAGCUGGGCGGCCCUACCAUCGGCAUCAGUGGAAUGGACGGGUGCCUGCUGCAAGCCCACGUGGCGAACCCCGAUCUUGGGUACGUGGGUGAGAUAGUGCGCGUUGACCCGACUCCGGUGAACGCUAUAGUCGCCGCCGGUUAUAUCCCCAUGAUUUCGCCGAUAGCGAUGGACGUUACCGAAAACAGCGACCACGCCGGGCAACCUUUGAACGUGAACGGCGAUACGGCCGCCGGCGCUUUGGCUCACGCUAUGGGAGCAGAGCGGGUUAUUUUUCUGACCGACGUGACGGGCGUGAUGGAUAACGGCGGCAGAGUAAUUCCGCGAUUGAACGCUAGCACCGCGGUGUCGCUGCGCAACUCAGGUGUGGCGCGGGGUGGGAUGUUGCCCAAGCUGGAUGCGUGCCUCGCUGCCAUCGCGGACCGGGCGGUGGCCAGCGCUCACAUUAUCGACGGGCGGGAGCAGGGAGCGCUGAUGGAUUGUGUGAACGGCAACCCCAUCGGCACGCGGAUUACUCCGUAA